AUGUCGCGUAAACAGUCUGGAUCCGUUGGUACCAUGCUCGCACACGAAGCCGAGCUGCCAGGACUUCCCGUACCCAGUAUCCAAUCUACAGCAGAAAAGUAUCUAGAAACGACCCGUCCACACCUCACACCAUCCGAGUUUCGCACAACGCAGCUCGCCGUCAACGACUUUAUUUCGUCUCCGCUCGUCCGGCGAUUGCAAACGCGUCUCGAGGAACGCGCAGCCAGCGAGAAGAGUGCUGGGAGGAACAACUGGCUCAGCGAAUGGUGGAAUGAUGUUGCCUACAUGGCAUACCGAGACCCUGUCGUCGUUUUCGUUAGCUACUUUUACGUACACAUGGCUGGACAAUCAGGCAAAGGACGAGAUGCGCGUGCGGCAGAACUCUUAAAGGGUCUCCUCAUGUUUAGACAACUCGUCGAGAGCCAAAAGCUCGAGCCGGAAAAGGUCAAGGACUAUUAUCUUGCCAUGAGCUCGUACAAGUGGUUAUUCAACGCUACCCGACUGCCGACUGCCGGUUCCGACACUGCCAAAAAGUACCCAGCCGACUCGCACAACCACGUCGUAUUCAUUCGCAAGAAUCGUUUCUACGAAGUUCCGGUUGCUAUCGACGGCAAGGAGCUCUCCGUGGCAGACUUGGAAGCGCUGAUUGCCAAGGUUGUCGCUGCGGCAGACAAAGCCGGUGCUGGACCAGCUGUCGGUGCACUCACGAGUGAUAAUCGAGAUAUUUGGACAGAAGCUCGCAAGCAUCUCGCGUCGGUUGGUCAUAAUUCAAAGACGCUUGAGAGGAUCGACUCGGCGAUUGUGGUUAUCCCGCUCGACGAUACGUCGCCUACCUCGCGUGAAGAACUCAGCUGGGCUUGUUGGACUGGUGCGAAUGGAGGGUCUGGUCCUGGGAAUCGCUGGUUCGACAAGCACCAGUUGAUCGUCUUUGACAAUGCUCGAAGUGGUUUCCUCGGUGAACACAGCUGCAUGGACGGCACACCGACGUUGAGGAUGACAGAGUUUAUGAUCGGAGCUGCUGCCUCUGGCAAGAUCCCCACUGAGGGUUCUCCAGCCUCCAAUCUUCCUGAACCAAAAGAGCUCACGUUUGAACUGGACGACAAGGCAAAGAAGGCGAUUCAAGUCUCGGAAGCCAACUUUGCCGACCUAAUUGGCCAACAUGAGCUCGAGGUGCUUCAAUACGAAGGGCUCGGAAAGAAUACUCUCAAGACGUACAAAAUCUCACCAGAUGCCACUGCGCAACUCAUCAAGCAACUGGCGCUCCACAAGCUCCAUGGUCGGCCUGGAGUCUGCUAUGAGAGUGCACAAACGCGCAAGUUUGCCUUGGGCCGAACCGAAGUCAUUCGCGCCGCGAGUCAGGAGAGCAAAGAGUGGGCAGAGGCCAUGCUCAAGGGCGAAAAGACGGAUGCGGACAAGAUGGUCUUGUUCAAGAAAGCUGUGAACCGACACUUGCAGUAUGCAGCGUGGGCUGCCGACGGUCAAGGCGUCGACCGACAUCUAUUUGGACUGAAGAGACUGCUCAAGGAGGGUGAAGAGACACCGAGAUUAUACGAGGAUAUUGCGUUCAGUCGCACGAAUCAUUGGGAACUGAGCACGAGCAAUCUCAGCAGCAAAUGGCUAGACGGCUGGGGCUACGGUGAGGUUGUUCCAGAUGGGUAUGGCUUGUCGUAUUCGAUUGGGGAUGGGUAUAUUCGUUGGACAAUGACUUGUCUCAAGGAGAUGGGUAAAAAGGACAAAGGAGCAAAGGACUUGAAGCAGGCUCUCACGGAGGCAGCGGACAUGGUCAAGGCACUCUUGGAAUCGACUGCUAGCGAACCAAAGGCCAAGCUAUAG